AUGAACGGCGUACGUCGAUUUCUCGCUGGCGGAGGCACGCCUCCGACCGCCCAGCAAUUCCCCGUCUCUCCGUCCACUCCUCCCCCAGGCCCAACCCUCGAGUCACCCUUCCAGAGCCCUGCUCCCCUUGCUGUUCCGCCCAAACCUACAUGGCCGCCCUCACCGGUCCAGAGUCCUACGGACUCCUCGCCGCCAGACCCGGUGGACAGUCCCAAAACGACAACUGCAGGACUAUUCUUUCGGAAGGACAGGCAGCGACCGCUACCCACGGCCUCGACUUUCGAUGAGGGCGUUGUAGGCAAUGGCUCUUUCCAUUCACCACAAUCAUCGCGCGAGUCAAAUGGUAUCUCCCCGCCACGAAGCAACGGCUCGUCCGGACAGCUUUCGUCACCGGGCGCGGGCCCAUCAUCGCCUCGCCCGCUCCCCACCCGUGUAUCGGAGCUUUCAAGAAAACCUGUUGCGAUGGAACUACGUCCAACUUCUAUGGUUUAUAAUGCCCGGGACGACCUUCUCAUCAGCCUGCUCGCGAGCGAGGCGAUCGUGGACAGUCGAGGAUGCGAGAUUCUGAGUGCGGAGGAGGUUGAGGAGCUCAAGAAGGAGCACCAGGUGCUCUCUUCGCGGCUCGCUGCUAUGACGAAGAAACUCGCUCUUGAGACCAAAAUACGCGAUGCAGCACUGUCCCUGUCCAAGGCGAAUGCAUCCUACAAGAACGUAUCCAAACAGUCAAGUGAGCACCUGGAGACAGCCAACCGGAAGGUUGAACAGGCACAAAAGGAUUUAUGGCGCGUCUCGGAACGCGCAAACGAGAUACAGCGGAAGCUGUUUGAACAUCGCGCAGGGGUACUCAGCUACUCGGUCCGGAGCCUCGAGAAGAAAGCCGCGCCCCAGGACGGGGACUCAAGCGCAUCUGGGUACAGCUCGCCAAGUCGCAGCGCGCAGAUGAGCCCAACGCCAUCGUCCGUGACGAGCAUGACCACCGUAUCCUCACGAGGUCGCUUCGAGCACUUCUUCGCAGGCCACUCAGAUUCUGUCACUCCGACCACCCCUCGAUUACCGCCGACAAUGGCAGAGGUCACCGCGCUAGAGGAUAAGCUCAGGGCCGCCACGGCCGCCCUUGAAGCUGCGACCGCAAAGCAGGGCGAGAUGGUGCGCGAGCUCUCCCAUUUGCGCCUCGAGAAGGAGCAGAUAGAGACAACGUUGGGAAUGGACCUUCAAUCUGCAGAGGAGACCAUCGCGACGCUCGAGCAGUCGGCGGGUAGGGCGGAGGGCGUCGACGUGCGAUUGCAGGAACUCGAGGCGGAGAGGGCGGUUUGGAGACGAGACCAUGCGGAGCUAGAAGAACGACGUCGCGAGGUGGACACACUCGAGAGAAGACUGGAGGUACUUGAGGAACAGAGCGGGGAGGUUGCGGAGAUGGAGACCGCGUUCGCGCGCGAGCGAGAAGAGAUUCGAGGUAUGUUGGCAGCGAGGGAGAAGAAGAUGGAAGAGACGCAGAGGCAGAUGGCGGAUAUGAAGUUACAGUGGGAUAUUGAGCGGUCAUCAUGGGAGGCGGAGAAGGCUACAUUGCAGGACGGCGCGCAGAGCAAGAUGGAACUGGCACAGUACUCGGAUGCACUACGGGACCUCAUGCACGCCCACGGCAUCGUGCUCACAUCGCGGGAUGUCUCGCUUAUGGGUCUUGUACAAUCCGUCGGGCGGCAUAUAGAAGAUAUGCACUCCAAGGCCGAGGCGCAUGCUCGUGCCGAGGAUGAGUGGGUUGCACUGAGGACGAAACUUGAGAUGGACGUCCGUGCAGGUCUCGACAAGCGAGAGGCGCUGUUCGAGGAGGUUGAAGAAGCACGGCGAACGCGGGACGAGGCGAGAAUGCAAGCUCGGGACUUCGAAACGCAACUCAGGGAACAAUCGAUGGCGCAGAUGGCAGUAGUCAGCCUGCAGGGUCCUCAGGGUCCCGUGGACUUUGCCACCGACGCUGCAUCAAUAGUUGCGCUAUUGCAGCCUAUGUGGGCCGUACUACCCUCUCCCGAAGCUCGGGCCAACAAACUCGGUGCGCGUAACGUCCGCCCGGGUCCUCCUUCAAGCCCUGUUCUGGCCAGUCGUAGCAAUGCAUCACUGUCGGACAUGGAUGUGCGGUCACUCAAAACCCUGUAUGACCCGAGGGGUACUUCCGCUCAGCCCUCCGGCGCGUUCACAGUGGAGGGCUUCGUGACCAGAGUGCAAGCUCUCAUUGCAGACGACCGCGCUCUUAUCGAGCGUCUCCUCCGGUUCGCGCAAGCACACGACCUACUCAAGAAGAACGCGGAGCGGGCUCAGAAGUUGGCGCAGGAGAGUAGUAACGCACUUGAGACAUACCAGAAGCAGGUCAACAUGCUUGAAGAGCGAAAUCUCACGAUGAUGGCCAAGCAACAAGCACUGGACGAGGAGGUGCAACAACUGCAUGAGACUAUUGAGCAAAUCACUGCUGAGAAGCUCGAGAUCGAGAUGCAAGCUGCUGAGCAAGCCGAGACCUGUCGACAGCUCACGGACGCCAACAACGCGCUCAGUGCGCGCAUGCUUGCUCUGGCGGAAGAGUCAGCAUCCGCCGGCGGCUCUGUCAAUGUCAGCAAGCAGCUGGAGACUCAGCUUGCAGAGUGUAACGCAUCGCUCGCUCGGGCGAAGGACGAGAUCGAAUCGAUGCGAAGCUCUCAACAGAUGCAGCAGAUGGCCCUACUGGAGGAGCUGAAUAACGUACAGACGGAAAAUUCAACCCUCCGUGAGCAGCUACGCAAGAGAUGA